UGCCUGCACACGGAGUGGGGAAACCCUGAACGAUGGAUGUUCGAGAAAGAGCGGCUCGACUAGAGAUUUCCACCAGAAACCCUCAAGAGGACUUUGAACUUCUCCAGCGGGUUGGCGGAGGGACCUAUGGGGAAGUCUAUAAGGCAAAGAACAGGGAGUCGGGGAAGCUGUCUGCCAUCAAAAUUGUAAAGAUGGAAGCAGAUGAUGAUUGCGUUGCUAUCCAACAAGAGAUCGUGAUGGUGAAAACCUGCAAACAUCCGAACAUCGUGGCCUACUACGGGAGUUACAUCCGGUUUAAGAAGCUGUGGAUUUGCAUGGAAUUCUGCACAGGAGGCUCCCUUCAGGACAUCUAUCAAGUCACAGGGCCCUUGUCGGAGCUACAGAUUGCCUAUAUCUGCCGGGAAACCUUACAAGGUUUGUCUUAUCUUCACAAACAAGGCAAGAUCCAUCGAGAUAUAAAGGGAGCUAACAUUCUUCUCAACGACCAGGGGGAAGUAAAAUUGGCUGAUUUUGGAAUCUCAGCUCAACUGAGUGCCACCUUUGCCCGCCGAAUGUCCUUCAUUGGAACUCCUUACUGGAUGGCCCCGGAAGUGGCCGCAGUGGAACUGAAAGGCGGCUACAACGAACUGUGUGACGUGUGGUCAGUGGGCAUCACGGCAAUCGAGUUGGCUGAGCUGCAGCCACCCAUGUUUGACACGCAUCCUUUGCGGGUGCUGGUGUUGAUGACCAAGAGUGGCUACCAGCCUCCAAAGCUGAAGGAGAAGGCCCGCUGGUCCCCCGCCUUCCACAAUUUUGUCAAGGUGACCCUAACCAAAAGCCCCAAGAAACGGCCCAGCGCCUCCAAGAUGCUCACGCACCAGUUUGUAACCCAGGCAGGGCUCACGCAGAGGCUGACCCUUGAUCUCUUGGAGAAAGUGCACAAUCCUGACCAGCUCCCCAGAAGUGAGGCAGAAGAAGAGGACCAAGAGUUGCCUCCACCCCCGGUGCCCCGAAGGAUUCACUCUAGUCAACGGCAGGGUGUGACUUCUCCAGGAUAUGCUGGUGUCCAGGAGCAUAACUUCAGCCCUAUCUUCCAAAGAAGGCAAAGUCUGAGGUCUUCAAGCUCUAUGGAGAUCGUGCUAGACCCAGGCUACAGCACGAUGGACCAACCUGAAUCUGAAUUCAACAGCAGGAAGAGCGUAGCCGACUCAGACGACUACGACGAUGUGGAUAUCCCCAGCGGACCAGACCUAAUCAGGGAUGCUCAGCCUGCGAAUCUUCCGCCCCCGCUACCUCCCAAGCCCAGAGUUUGGCUCUCCUCGGAUGAAACGGCGGCGGAUCGAUCCCGCGACCACGUUCCUGCCAAAUGCCUAAUCCGGGGACGGUGCUCCAGCGGUCCCAUCCUGAGUUGGCCCUCGCCGCAAAGUCAUUCUGGGAGAGCCGAAGCUUCCCACCUCACCGCUAAAUCGGUCCCAGAACUGCGUUCAGAUCCCUUGGAUGAGAGGCCGCCCAGCCUUCCUCCUAAGCUGGAGAGGAGACAGAAACCGGACAGGACCCUCUUCAAGAAAGUCUUCAACGAGUGCCCCUUGCACCUCACCUCGGCCACCGCCUGGACCCAUCCACACACCAACGAGCUGCACUUAAUUCUGGGGGCUGAAGAAGGCAUCUUCGCUUUGAACAGGAGUGAGGCAGAACCUGCUCUAGAACUGCUUUAUCACAGCCGAACGAAGUGGGUCUAUUGCAUGGGGAAUGUUCUCAUGUCUCUUUCAGGCAAGGUUCCCCAGCUCUUCUCCCACAAUUUACUCAGUCUGCACGAGCAGAGCAAGAGAGACCAGCGCCUGGGCGUGUCCCUUUCUGCACACCGACUAUUACCCAGAAAAAACGUCAUCACCACCAAGAUCCCCGACACGAAGGGAUGCCAGAAAUGUUGCACAGCCAGGAACACCCAGAACAGUUGCCACUUUCUCUGUGGGGCAUUGGAGGCCGGAGUGGUUCUCCUCCAAUGGUACGAGCCCAUGCAGAAAUUCAUGCUGGUCAAGUACUUUGAUUUCCCCCUGCCUUCCUCGCUGCCCAUCUUCGAGAUGCUGAUAAACCCCGAUGAGGAAUAUCCGGUGGUCUGCAUUGGUGUAAGCAAGGGCCCCCCAGGACAGGCUGUGCAAUUCCAAGUCAUUAACCUCAACUCUUUAACCUCAUGGUUUAUCAGCGACAAAAGCGAACCUUCCUGCUGUGGCUUCGUCCAGGUGACUCAGUUGGACAACAAGAUGGUGAUGGUUCUGAUGGAUGGGUGCAUCCAGUUUGUCAGCCACCGAGGGACACUGCUUGGAUCCCCACCGAAACUCACCUUCGACGUAGCAGUGGAGUCAGUCGCACUGGUGCAGAACUGCGUGCAUGCAUUUUGGCGCCAUGGUGUGCAGACACGGCCGCUUGGAUCAGGGCAGGUAGCACAGAAGCUGCAGGAUCAACGGUGGACCUUCCGCCUACUGGGACCCUCCAGCACCAUCGUGUUAGAGACGCGACCAGUGAAUAACCCGAAUUCCACCAGCAAUCUCUACGUGCCAGAAUGACGAUGGUUCAACCUCAACCCGCAGGUUGCUCAGACUGAUCAGCUCCCACCCUCUAGAACUGAUUCCUCGAAGAAGAACGAGUGAUGGGGAAGGGGACUCCAGCUAUCAGAUGCUUCGGGACCAUCCAGGAAGCUGGCAAGACAGGGCUGGCAGUGAGAAAUUGUCCAGCCCAACUCUUACAGUAGCUUCACCCCGAAGCACCAAAGAUUUUACAUGCCCUGAUUUUACAUACCUUCUCCUUACAUACCAUUCAACCUCAGUAAACAGUAUGUUCAGUU